AUGACUGUAGUUUUAGAUAAUGAAAUUAGAAAUUAUCUAAAUGCAGAAUGGGAUGAUAUUGAAGCUUUGGGCAAAGGUGUUCAUUCAAUUGUUUUAAAAGCAAAGAAAAGAAACGGGGACUUUAAUGGAAAGAAGGUAGAAUUCUGUACAAUUAAAUCUGUAAAAAAACAAGUUCAUUUAGUCAAUGAAAAUAUUUACUUUGAACAAGAUCCAAAAAAAGAAAGAGAAAUUUUAGAAAAGCUUGGUUCUCAUAACAAUUUAUUAGAUUACUAUGGACAUACUGAAGAUGUUAAAACUCAAACUACAUAUUUCUAUUUCGAAUAUUUAGAAGGUUUCACAUCGAUUCAAUCCAAGUUACUAAAAGAGCCAACUUAUUUCAGAGCAGAGGAAGAGACAAUGAAAAGAAUAGCACUGCAAUUGGUACUUGUCCUAAAUUAUCUUCAUCACACUUUAAAUAUAAUGCAUAGAGAUAUUACACCCGACAAUGUUUUAAUAGAUGGAGAAUGCAACAUAAAACUAAUCGAUUUUGGCCAAUCAAAAGAAUUUGCUCAUUUUGAUUCAAGUUUAAAUAAUAAUUAUAAUUGGUCAUUAUUAGGCAAAGAAGAAUAUAUCGCGCCUGAAGUUAAAGUUAAUCAUUCAAAUUUUUCAAUUAUUUCAAAAAUAUCUAGUAAUUCUUUAAAAAAUAGUUUAUCUAAUAGUAUUAAUACCAAUAAUAAUAGCAGUGAUAACGAUCAAAGUGGAAACAUUUCGCCGUGUAAUGUAGAAUUAAUAGAUUCACCAGAUAUUCCAAGUGUUUAUAAUAGUAAUAGUAAUAAUAGUAAUGUCGAUAUAAAUUUAUUUGGUAUUGGUUCAACUUUAUCUUUAAAAAGUCUUAGAAAAAUAGAUAUAUGGAGUUUAGGCUGUUUAGUUCUUCAUAUUUCUGGUGGUGAUCCAAAAAUUAUUUCAUCAAGUUUCGAACCCAUUGUUCCCGAUAGUGUUUCUUUUAAUGGUAGAAAUUUUAUUCAAAAGUGUUUAAUUCAAGACCCAGAUCUUAGAUUUGAUACAACAUUACUUUUAAAACAUAGAUUUCUGGAAAAAUCUUAUUUAUUACAACAACAACAGGAUAACUCUUUUGGGGACAAUCAAAAAAUCGAAGACGAGCAAGAGAUAAGUUUUGGUAUUGGUAGUGAAAAUGUUUAUUAUUUAGGAAAUGAGGAAAUUUUAAAAGAGAACUCAAUCCCAAACUAUAUAACAACUAUUGUUUUUAAUGACUCUUUUGAUCAAGAUAUUAAAUAUGACUACCUUCCACAUAAUCUCAAGCAUCUCCAUUUCAACAGAUCAUUUAACAAAUUAGAUUUCUUAGAAUUACCAGAGUUUAAUUUAUCAACAUUAAAAUAUUAUCAGCAAUUUAAAAUACCUAUAAAACCAAGACAAUUACCGAAAAGCAUUGUUAAACUAGUUCUACCAAAUUAUAGUUUAGAAAUUAGAAAAAAUUCAAUUCCAGCACAAGUAAAGUUUUUAACACUUGGCUAUUUAAAAUCAUUGGAAUCUUUAACAAAUCUACCACCCUCAAUUAUAGAUUUACAAUUUUCUUGUAGUCAAGAGCUAUUUGAUUCCAUAACCCUUGAAGUAUUGCCACCAAAUAUUUCAUUUUUGAAGGUCAAUAACCAAAUUAUAGACUUACCAUUAAAAACAAAAAGCUUGCCACAUCAUUCAAAUAUACCAAUUGAUUCAGAAAUCCCAGAAACUAAAUUUGAAGAUGUUAUAAUCAACAGCCAAAGUGAAUUUCCUAAUUUGAAAAAUAGAAAUAUAAGAUCAAUUACAUUCAAUGAUGAUUUUAAUGAAGAUAUAAAUAGAAAGGAAUUUACUAGCUUAAUUCCAAUUAUUAAAGAAAUGAAAUUUGGUUUUAGAUUUAAUAAAGUAAUCGAUUUCUCAUUACCAAUGUUUUUAAAUAGGUUGAUUUUUGGUGAUAAGUUUAACCAACCCAUUGAAGCUGGUGUUCUACCCUCUCAGUUGGUACAUUUGGAAUUUGGAAGGUGUUUCAAUAGACCAAUCAAAUCUAAAGUUUUUCCAAGUGGUUUAAAGACACUCAAGUUUGGUGAUCAAUUUAAUCAGACUAUUAAUGAAGAUAUACUACCAUCCUCCAUUGAAGUACUCAAGUUUGGAAAUCAAUUCAAUCAACCAAUUUUAUCAGCUCUAUUACCAACAAAUUUAAGAGUGCUUGUGCUUGGUUUGGAUUUUGAUCACAACUUACCACCAGAAUGCUUUUCAUCUAGAAUCUAUGAUAGUUUAGAAGAGUUAUCAAUUUUAUCGGAAAAUCUAUCAUUUGAAAAUAUAUCUAUCUUUUCAAAACCAUUCAAGAAACUAUCAAAAUUUGUUUUCAAUGGUUUAUUCAGAGGAUCAUUACCAGACAAUUUGUUACCACCAUCCAUUGCUUCUCUCGAGCUACCUAACUAUAAUUUCAAGAUUACAAGCAAAGCAAUUCCACAAUCAAUAAAGUCAUUGAAGCUAGGUUGUAAAUAUUCUUUUAUAGACUCUUUGACUCUAUUGCCACCAUCACUGGUAGACCUUUCUUUGGGUUGUUGCGAAGAAGAUAGAGUAUUAAUUACUCAAUCGACAAUACCACAAAAUUUAAAGAAGCUAGUAGUGAAUAACCAAGAUGUUCGAUUACCAAUAGUGUAUAGCAAAGAGCAACUAUUGGAUCUAUCAACUGAAUUAGCAAACAAGCAUUUAGCUUCAAAAAAGAAAAAGAUUAAUGGCACAUGGAUUGUUACUAUCGAAAAUUUUACAAAUAAAAAGGAUCAUUUUUUCAGUUCUGUUUUUAAUUUGGUAGAUUCAAAUUGGAAAUUGAAAUUUUAUUCAACAGGCAAAGAAAGCAAUGGCUUCUUAUCAGUCUAUCUAGUAAAUGAUGAUAUUUGUAAUAAUCCAUUUUUAGAAAAAACUAUAUCAUAUAAAAUUCAUCUUUUAAAUCAAUUAGCUCCAAACUCCUCUUUAGAAAAAAACUCUGCACACAAAUUUACAAAUAAAGAUUUUACUCAUGGUUAUAUAUCGUUUAUAAGUUUAUUUACACUAUUAAACCCAAACUCUGGAUUUUUACUAAACAAUACAUUAAAGUUUAAAAUUAAUAUGAUAUCAAAUACACAAUUGGUAGAUACAAGUGACAAAUUUAGUUUAGAUGUUGGUCAAACUUUUACAUAUAGAAUUCCAAAACUCUCAAAUAAGAUCGAACCCUUUGUAUCACCAAUAUUUGAGUGCUGCGGUCGUUCUUGGGGUUUAAAAAUAUAUCCGAUGGGUCAACCUGCUUCACACUUUAUUUCAAUAUUUUUAGAAAACAUCAAGCCAAGUAAUAAUGAAGAACAUUUCAUUUUUUCACUAGAAUUGGUAAACCAAGUCGAUCAAACCCAAUCAAUUAAAAACUGGAUUAGUAAUAAUUUCUCUUCUAAAAAUCCAAUAUUUGGUUAUCCUAAAUUUUUUGGUGUUUCUUCUCUCUUAGAUCCUGAACUAGGUUUCCUUGUAAAUGACUCUAUAGUAUUAUCGGUAACAAUUAUUCAAGUUUCAAAUAAAAAGAAAAAUUUCUUUAAUUUAAAUAUUUAA